AUGCCCUCCAUUCACCCCCUCAUCGACAACGGCAUCACCAAAGGCGACCCCAAUUUCUCCGGCGGCGACCUCUACUGCCACUGCCCAUCAGACAAAGUCAAAGUUACCCUCAAAAGCAACGUCGCCCACAACCACGCCUGCGGCUGCUCCAAAUGCUGGAAACCAGCGGGCUCCCUAUUCUCAAUUGUCGGCGUCGUCCCCCGCGACGCUUUGAGCGUGACCGCAAACCCACAGAAACUCAUCACUGUCGACAACACAGCCAGCAUCAUCCGUAACGCGUGCAAGGACUGUGGCGUGCAUUUGUACGGGCGCAUUGAGAAGGAUCAUCCCUUUAAGGGGUUGGAUUUCGUGCAUGCUGAGUUGUCGGAUACGAAGGGUUGGCAGGAGCCGCAAUUUGCGGGAUUUGUGUCGUCGAUUAUUGAGCAGGGAUAUCGGCCUGAGGGGAUGGGGGAGAUUAGGGGGAAAUUCAAGGAGAAUGGGUUGGAGACGUAUGAUGUUUUGUCGCCGGCGCUGAUGGAUUUGAUUGCGACUUAUACAGCCAAGGCUUCGGGGGCGUUGUCGGCUAACCUGUAG